AUGACCACCUUUGAAAAUGUCACCCGGGCCCUGGCCAGACAGCUAAACCCUAGAGGGGACCUGACACCCCUUGACAGCCUCAUAGACUUCAAGCGCUUCCAUCCCUUCUGCCUGGUGCUGAGGAAGAGGAAGAGCACACUCUUCUGGGGUGCCCGCUAUGUCCGCACUGACUACACCCUCCUGGAUGUGCUUGAAGCCGGCAGCUCGCCUUCAGAUCCAACAGACUCUGGGAACUUUAGCUUUAAGAAUAUGCUGGAUGCCCGAGUGGAGGGAGAGGUGGAUGUGCCAAAGACAGUCAAGGUCACGGGGACUGCCGGGCUGUCCAGGAGCAGUACCCUGGAGGUCCAGACACUCAGUGUGGCCCCUAAGGCUCUGGAGACCUUGCACCAGGAGAGUUAUCAUUAUUAUGUCAAGGGGACCCAGACACUCUAUGCUAAGUGUACAAAGAGUGGUGGGAGAAUAGGAAGAGUUAGAAGUAACAUUUUUUUUCUUCUGUGGUCCUCCACAGACAUCAAGGAGCACGUGAAACAGCUGGAGAAGGCAGUUUUGGGCAAGGAGCCUCGAUUCGUGCUGAGGGCCCUGCGGAUGCUACCUUCCACAUCACGCCGCCUCAACCACUACGUUCUGUAUAAGGCUGUGCAUGGCUUCUUCACCUCAAAUAAUGCCACUCGAGACUUCUUGCUGCCCUUCCUGGAAGAGCCCAUGGACACCGAAGCUGAUUUACAGUUCCGUCCCCGAACAGGAAAAGCUGCGUCAACCCCCCUCCUGCCUGAAGUGGAAGCCUACCUACAGCUCCUCAUGGUCAUCUUCCUGAUGAACAGCAAGCGUUACAAAGAGGCACAGAGGAUCUCUGACGAUCUGAUGCAGAAGAUCAGCACUCAGAACCGCCGGGCCCUGGACCUCGUGGCCGCAAAGUGUUACUAUUAUCACGCCCGGGUCUAUGAGUUUCUGGACAAGCUGGAUGUGGUGCGCAGCUUCUUGCACGCUCGGCUCCGGACGGCCACGCUCCGGCACGACGCAGACGGCCAGGCCACUCUGCUCAACCUCCUGCUGCGGAACUACCUACACUACAGCCUGUAUGACCAGGCCGAGAAGCUGGUGUCCAAGUCCGUGUUCCCCGAGCAGGCCAACAACAACGAGUGGGCCAGGUACCUCUACUACACAGGGCGAAUCAAAGCCAUUCAGCUGGAGUACUCAGAGGCCCGGAGGACGAUGACCAAUGCCCUUCGCAAGGCCCCGCAGCACACAGCUGUCGGCUUCAAACAGACGGUGCACAAGCUUCUGAUUGUGGUGGAGCUGCUGCUCGGGGAGAUCCCGGACCGGCUACAGUUCCGUCAGCCAUCCCUCAAGCGCUCGCUCAUGCCCUACUUCCUCCUGACUCAAGCUGUCAGGACCGGAAACCUAGCCAAGUUCAACCAGGUCCUGGACCAGUUUGGGGAGAAGUUUCAAGCAGAUGGGACCUAUACCCUAAUCAUCCGACUGCGGCACAACGUCAUUAAGACAGGUGUGCGCAUGAUCAGCCUCUCGUAUUCCCGAAUCUCCCUGGCUGACAUUGCACAGAAGCUGCAGCUGGAUAGCCCAGAGGACGCGGAGUUCAUUGUUGCCAAGGCCAUCCGGGAUGGCGUCAUUGAGGCCAGCAUCAACCACGAGAAGGGCUACGUCCAGUCCAAGGAGAUGAUUGAUAUCUAUUCUACCCGUGAGCCCCAGCUGGCCUUCCACCAGCGGAUCUCCUUCUGCCUCGAUAUCCACAACAUGUCCGUCAAGGCCAUGAGGUUUCCUCCCAAAUCGUACAACAAGGACUUGGAGUCUGCAGAGGAACGGCGUGAGCGAGAACAGCAAGACUUGGAGUUUGCCAAGGAGAUGGCAGAAGAUGAUGAUGACAGCUUUCCUUGAGCUGGGGGGCUGGGGAGGGGUGGGGUGAGUGGGGACUGGCUCAUUAUCUUUCCCCCUUGGGGUCCCCUGCCCAGGGAACUGGCCCCUUUCCUCUACAUGCCUCACAGACUGCGUAUGUGCAGGGGGUGAGGGGCGCAGGGAGCCAGCCACCCCCACCUCACCCCAGGACCCCUCCCCAGCCAGUGACAUAGCGCACGGUGGGCAGGAGGGUGGGCAGGCGGCCUCCCCAGGGCAGGGUCCUGGCUAGUGGUGUGGGCAGCAGGAUGGGAGGGAAUAGCCCCGUGCUCUCCAGGGAGUUGGGGACUGGAAUUGGGGCACGUGUUGGGUUGUAUGUUUUUUGAAGCUUCAAUUAUGAUUUUUAAACAAUAAAAAGUUCUCCAAAGUU